AUGGACAUCAAUGGCGACGAGGAAGAGUGGGCUCUACGCGAGCAUAUCCGCAACAUCUUAUACGAAUAUGCUGUCACCCAUCUGACCAUCGACUAUGUUCAAUUUACUGAAGAUGCUGUCUCCGAGUUACUAUCUCAAGCUCUCGUAGAGGUACCACUGCAUGAUAGACACUCGAUACGACUGCCCACAGACCCGUUCUUGAGUCUGACGCAGCGGUAUCGUUUUGACCACCUCGAACCUUAUCAAGAAAGAUUUCAAGUUCUUCCUGAGGUGUUGCAAUAUCUAAAAAAUGUGAUGAAGGUCAAACAUGGACCAACAAAGAGUAAGAGUAUCUCGUAUGAGUUUGACGCUGAUGGCACGGAGGACUUUGUCGUUCACGAGCCCUUAUCUCCAAAGCUCAACCGAAGGUCGAGACGGGCUACCCCUCAUCCAGGUUCAAAUGGAUCUUCUACAUUAAUGCCCCAAAGUCGUGCAGCGCUUUUGACGUCGCAGUACUGUAUCAAGCCCGUCUCGCUUGACGAUUUCAAUGACCCUGAGGUCUCACCCGCAGUAGUCCUGGAUCUCAACUGCCGCCUGCAAACCGAAGAACAUCAGGCAGUAUCUGCCUUUCUCAAAUCUGCUGCCGCUCUAUCUCGUCCAGGGCCGGCAUACAAGAACAAAUAUUUGGAUCCUUCCACCAGGGAAGAUUCCCCGCCUCUCAGCUUUCGUGAAGAGGACUCCGUCCCUAUGUUUCCGAGAUCAGCUAGACUGGGUGCUGGCUAUCCAACCAAUGAUAGCUUCUUUCCCUCUGACUUCCAGAAAAUGCGUGAUCUGCCUUCAAAGUUGCCACCAAUAGCCAAAGUGGAGGAUGAUGACAUGGAACAAUUCAAAGCCAACAUGAUAGUUGUAGAUGGAUGGCAAACAUAUAUUACUUCGUCUCCAUCGCCUUCAAUGCCUUCAUCGAGUCAAGAAGAUAAAAUUGAUCAACUCUUCAACGUCUCGUCCCCCGAUACUGAAAUAUCACCCCUCAAGUUGACCCGCAUGGAUGUGCCACCCAUACCACGCAACAGAAGAAUUCGCGGCUCUAAAGAACAAGUCUCGCCCAUUGGAAAAGGAAAAUCACUGUCUUCGUUUCUUCUGCCCUUUAUCACGUCGACGCCAGCCCAAAAAGAGCCCAAAGAAUCCUCCUCGUUGCCAGAGCCUGAAACGUCAAUGUUGGGACAACCACCCUCCAAUAUGGAUACUGUUGCUCAGAGCGCAGACACGUUGGACGACGAAGUUAACCGGAUAUACGAGAGUGUGAACACAGAUAAUCCUAAAGACGUCAUCCUCAAUGAAACACUCAACGAAGAGGCUAGCUUACUCAUGAAGGUCCCUGAUCUAUUUCCUCCUAACGAGCAUCCACCGGGCGCUCUUUUCCUACCAACGAAGCUGCUUGAAUACGUAUGUCCACCGAAGAUGGCGAAAGCACACAGUGAUCAGGUAAUACCUACACACAAGUUUUUGAAAAAGGCCAAAGGACUACAAUCUCUAAGCUUAGCUCUCCCUUGGACGCCAUUCAUGAUAAAGGGAAGUCUACCUACGCACAUGGAUGUUACUGGAUCAUCAACACUUAUCGAUGGUGACGAUUUAAGAAACGGUCUUCCUGAGGAUCAUAUCAAGACUCGGGUGCAGUCUCUGCUAGAAAGUAUAACGGAGUUGGACUCUUCGACCAUGGUUUCCGAUACAAAAUACUUCUUGCUUGAUGAAGAUCAUGGACCACUUUCCGAAGAUGACCUCUAUUCCUCAGAAAUUAUGUUAUCUCGGGUCGAGCGAAGUCGGCUUUCUGGGCUCAAACACGUCGAAGACAACGAGGAAGACGACAGUAGCAGUGACAAAGAGAAUCAACCUUUAUCUCCAAGGCCAACGAAGAGAGCAAGAAUUGACAUCAACCGCCAUGACAUCGAUGAUGAUUCCGGCAUCGCCUUCUCUCCUCUCAAACAACUAUCUAUCGAAAAUCCGUCUCCAGCGACUUAUUCUCCUUCUGUCACCUUCAACGAAGACAUCUCAAAUCCAUUCCGUUUCUCUCACCCUGAUGACGUUGCCAUGGUUGGCGCUUCCUCGUAUCAACACGAACAAGGGGACCAGCAGCAACUGUUUGAUGAUGACGUCUACCCGAUGUCGCAAUUCUCUACAGGUAUCAGGGAGGACUCUCAAUCUCAACAAGGACCCUUCCAGCCCUUGUCUUUUGAAUCGAACGAGGCCUUGUCACAACAUAUUACGCGGCGAGAAACUUCUAUGGAACCUCAUAGCGCACCUCCUCAGAUGAUAUUUGACUAUGGGCAUGGUAUUUUGGAUGCAGAAGCCAACGAAUAUGCUGUCACCGAUAGUCUUGUGCCUGCGCUACCUACCCAACCUGCUUCCAACCUUCAAUCUCAUUCUCCUGCUAAUCCCAUUCCCGUCACGAACGACUCCAUGCUCAUUCCCAAUAUUGCAACCCAUCCUCUCGGUAUAACUGACUUCCUCAAGUUGCGUGCCAAACACAUCAACUCUACUGAUGCUCCAUCUGUAAUCACCCAUCCUUGUGCCCCUGAUGCUCAAAUUGAAAGCACCCCUGACAUUCCCGAAGCACCGCGAACAGCACCCCCUGAAAUCUUUGACAAAAACACUAUGUGUCUACCUACCCGUGGUGAUCCAUCCACCGCACAUUUCUAUAUGGCGUCGAUGGAGACCCUACAGAAACAAGUCUUGAUCCGAACGCUUCGCUCGAACUUGUGUGCCGUCGGACUUGUGGAACGCGACCACCUUUCUGGCGUCGACCUCAUCCUCGAUCCUAACACUGCAAUCAUCUUCGCAAGUCUGAUCUCUUUAGCAUCUCAGCGCGAAGCUCUCCUAUCGACAGUCUCUGAGCAGUCCUGGCGAUAUACGAACCUGCUCGUCAUUUUCGAAGCGUACCCAAUUUCUGCUUCGUACAAGGGAUCUGCUUCCGUGACGUUGUUAAAUGCGUACACACCUCCGAAUCUCAAGGCGAUAGGACGUUUUAGGCGUGAUGUAGACCUUGCCGAAGCUUGCGACAAGAAGAGCCUCGCUUGUCGAGUUCGAAUGGCAUUCGCCGAUACCGUAGAAGACGCCGCGAUGCUUGCUAGGUAUCUCGGUGACGUUGCCGAGGCCGAAGAUGUUUCACAGGGUACAGUAUGGGGCGAUCGCAGCUGGCUCGAUGGCGAUGUACCAGAAGAAGAGGAAAGUCUAGCAGCUGUUUCUGGCAUGAAUCGCUUUGCUGCAUAUGUCAUUCUCUGCCAAAUUACAGUGGAGGAGUUCUUGGACUUGUCGCCGCAGGAGAGGAUUGACAGGUUCGGGAUCUAUGUUGGUCACGAGCGAAUGGUGUCUGUGAAUGCCUUUGUGGAGGCUCGAAGUCGCGCCAUCGAAUCCUCAGACUUGGAUGAUACGAACUCGGCUGACGGCGGGUAUAUGGACCAUUCUUAG